AUGGACCAUCGCAGACUGUCGGUAGGGACGCUCGUCUCGGCCGUCUCGCUGGUCGAGUUGGAUCCUGCCCCCAUCGCCGAGGAUGCCGUCGUCGACGACGCUGCGGAUGCCCAGAGCUCUGGCCAAUCCUCGCCAAUGGCUUCGACCCUGCUCAAGUCGUCUUCCACCUCUACCAGCAUCGGCCUGAGCGGGAGCAGUCACGGGCCCAUCUUCUACUUAACACGCAUCCAGCGAUACUCCUCUUAUACUUUCACGCUCUUCUCGACGCUUCACCUGGCUACAACCUCGCUGAUUCCCCUUGCCGCCCGCUCUGUUGCCUCCUCCGAAUCCUACCUUCUCCUCGCCCGCGAGAUCUACCAGACCCCUCUCUCCGAGCCCCUUCUUGUCGUCCUUCCCGCCGCCGCACACGUCGCCUCAGGCCUGGCUCUGCGCCUUCUCCGCCGCAAGCACAACCUCGACCGGUAUUACGGCGAGGAGAAACCCGGCUCGGGUCCCACAUCCUUCCUGAGCCGGCUGCGCGCUGGCUGGCCAACUGUCACAAAUAUCUCCGUCUCCGGGUUCAUCUUCACUGUUUCCCUGGCGGCACACGCUUUUGUCAACCGUGGCUUGCCUCUUCUCGUCGAAGGCGACAGCGCCAACGUGGGUCUGGCUUUCGUCGCGCACGGGUUCGCCCGGCACCCCGUCAUCUCGUACGCCGCCUACGGCGUGCUGCUUGUCGCUGGAUGCGGCCACAUGGUCUGGGGCUGGGCGAAGUGGGCUGGUCUGGCGCAGGGUGCGGGAUGGGGGCUGGAGCGCGUGUCUGGUAAUAUAAGUGUUGAUCGGGAGGCGAGAAGGAAGAGGAGGAGAAGACUGUUGAUGAUUAAUGGUGCUGCGGCUGUUGCGAUUGGACUGUGGGCUGUUGGUGGAAUUGGAAUUGUUGCCAAGGGGGGGUUGACCCCCGGCUGGGUUGGGAAUGUGUAUGAUGGGUUGUAUGACAAACUGCCGCUCUUGUGA